UUGUCAUUUGCAAUGGAUAAAAGAUACUUGACUCUCACACAGGUGUCCAAGCUGGUUUAAUGCUACAUUUUAUUUCAAAGUGCUGGAGGAGCAAUGAAUUGUGUCUGCUAAUUUUAAAAUAUUACUUCCAUCACAUUACCAUUAUGGGGGGCAAGUUCAAACCUAGAUCUGAUGCCUUAUGAGUUGGACCAUGAAGACUGAGGGAAAGAGGUGAGACACUAUAGAACUGGAGCCAGUAUCCCUUCUGGAGAAGACAUAAAUAACAGCUAUGGAAGCACAGCUGCGCAGGGAGUUGCCAGGAACCCACAAAGAAGGAGUUUACCCAAAUAUAACUAGCCCUGGAGGAGACUCUACAACUUUCAGUGAAAUUAUAAGAAUUGUGUUACCAAUAUUAUACCUAAUCAUCUUCUUGGGAAGUGUCAUGUUGAAUGGACUAGCAGUAUGGAUUUUCUUCCACAUAAGAAACAAAACCAGUUUUAUAUUUUACCUCAAGAACAUUAUGGUUGCAGAUCUUCUGAUGACAGUAACUUUUCCUUUUAAAAUCAUGCAGUCAUCUGAAAUUGGACCAUGGAAUAUCAAUGUCUACAUUUGCAGAUACACCAGUAUCUUGUUCUACACAAGCAUGUAUAUUAGUAUUGUGUUUCUCGGAUUAAUUAGCAUUGAUAGAUACCUAAAGGUUGUGAAACCAUUUGGAAGUUCAAAAAUGUACAGCAUAAAGUUUACAAAAGCUGUUUCUGCUUGUGUUUGGCUGGCUAUGUGCAUACUUGCCUUGCCAGACAUCAUCCUUACAAAUGUUCAACCAAAGAAAAGCAGCAUAAAGGAUUGUAUGAAACUGAAAAGCCCAUUUGGAGUGAAAUGGCAUGAAGCUAUCGUUUAUAUUGAAAUUUGCGUUUUUUUCAUUGUGAUGAUUGUUUUAAUUGCAUGCUACAUUUCAAUAUCUCGUCACAUACAAAAAUCCACCAAACCUUUUAUAAGUUGCUCAAGUCGUAUGCGCAGACAUAAUCAGAGUAUCCGUGUGGUUGUGGCAGUAUUUUUCAUCUGUUUUUUGCCCUAUCAUUUGUGCGCAAUCCCCUUUACAUUCAGCAAACUGGAUAAAAUUGUAAGCGAAUAUGUAUAUACCAUCUUGCUUUACUGCAAAGAAUCAACUCUUUUUCUGUCUGCAUGUAAUGUGUGUCUAGAUCCUAUCAUAUAUUUUUUUAUGUGCAGAUCCUUUUCAAGAAGGCUUUUUAACCGAUCUAGUAUCAGAUCAAGAAGUGAAAGCAUUAAAUCACUUCAGAGCAUCCGAAAAUCUGAAGUCCGAAUAUACUGUGAAUAUACAGAAGUGUAAAAUAGGAGAUGAUUGUAAAAUGACUGUAAAAUGUUGUGUAUAUUUUAUUUUUAUAUCUGAAUAUUGACUUUAUAAAAAAAAAUGUAAAUA